AUGGCCGCCGAGAUCGCGCGACCCGCGGGAAAUAAGCAGAGCCGGCGCCGGAGAGAGAUGGUGAACGGAGCACCAAGGAGAAGAGAGGAAAGAGUGGAGGAACACCUCCGGACGCCGGAGCAGGCCGCAGGGAAACUUCAUGUUUAUCAUCUGGUAUUGUGGGCUUUCCCUCUAAUUGUGGUUUACAUCAGCAGCGUCAUCAUCGUGCUGUUUAUAAGUCAUUGUCACCUCCAGAGCCUUCAUCUGCUGGAACUGAAGGAACAGGUGGUGGAGUCUCCAAGAAGAAAGAGAACAAUGAGUAGAAAGUGCAGGAGAUUCUCAUCUCUGUCUCUGGUCCUGGUGCAGCUGAUUUUGGUGUCUCCUGUCAGAGCCGCAUCAAUUCCUGUCAAAUGUCAGGAUCAGAAGAGCAAGGACGUCAGUCUGGAAUACAUGAAGCCUUGUGAGGAGCAGGAGCAAAACCACCAGCCCCUUCCUCGCCUUGAGGGCUCCAUGCCCAAGCCGGGUCCGGGCGCUUCUCUCUUCAAAUCUAAACAUCCAGACAUCGGUGAUCUGAGGACAACUGCAGCUGUCCAAGACAGGGAGCAAGAUACAACCUCUGACCUGACCAGGAGAGCAGAGGGGAGCCCUGGGAGACCCCUGGGUCUGCAUCGCAUUCGGCGUUUUGUUGCCAAAACCUGUCUCCUUUGUAUAAACUGUUUACUUAUGAACAUCAAGAUAAAACCACUAAUAUGUAAACUACUGCCGCACUCCUAA